AUGAAUUAAUAACAUAAAUCUAUUAUUUAUUUAUAUAUAUUAUUUGAGUAUUUUUUUAAUUUUGUAAAAAAAUAAACAAAUAAAAAUUAUUUUAACAUUUAUGUUUUGCAAUAUGAAACUCAAAAUAAAAAUCUGAUUUAAAAUUUUAACAAAUAAAAUAAUUACACAAAAUAUCACAAAAACCCUCUUGUUGGAAUAUAUAUGUUAUAAUUAGAAUUAUUGUGGUAGGAAUAGAUUUCUUAUAUACGUUUAUCAACGUUAAAUUUGUAGCCUUCAUUAUAAAGUUAAAAUAAUUUUUCAAAAGCAAUUUGUUAAAGAGGUACAACGAAUUCUUGUUAUUAUAGAAAAGUUUGCAGAUCUUUCAAAGGCACCCAUUUAUAAUCUGCUAACUCAUCCUUACAAAUAUUUAAAUUAUUUGUUAGGGGCUUUAAAAUAUAUAAAAAGUAAAUAUCUGGUCUGCUAUAAAUUCCUUUGGUAGAAUCUCUAAUUAGUAAUAAAUCUUUUGGUUCACAAACUAGGCCAGUUUCUUCCCUUACUUCUCGGAUAGAGGCUUCAUGCAUAGCUUCACCUAAAUCAACUCUUCCACCAGGAAAACUCCAUAAUUUAUUCCUCAUUCCUUUUUUUUCUUUGACAAGAAGGACUUCAUCUUUUUCAUUAAUAACCACUCCACCACUUCCCGCAUUAUGUGUUGCAUAAGGAACAUAAAAUUCCUCUUAUGAUUAAUCUAGCCACUUAAACUAUUCAAAAUCAUCAGGAACAGUAUUAGACUCUAGAUAAAUAGAAUUAUCACGUUAAAUGAUGAAUUCUAAAGUUUUAGUUUAACUAAAGUAGCUUUUUAUGUUAUAUUAGCAAGCAAGGCAUAAACCUGAUGCUAAGAAAAAUUUUUAGUAUUUUUUUUGA